CAGAUCCUCACGCCUGGGCAUGCACAGUCGUCGACAGUGCCCUUAACCUCCAUUCAUCAUGGACACCGCAGCGACUGGGUUUCCGGACUCCCUGGAUCUAUCCCUGCUCUCUACCUCCCAGAACGACUUCUUCGGGCCGGAUCACGCCUUGAACGAUGGCGGCUUGGCUGGAUUAUCGGAGGCUUUGGAAGCGGCCCAAGCUGCACCUAAUAAUACCGAUGACAUUUGGACACUUGAUCUUGCGCUGCAGAGUCUCUCAAAUAGCUCUACUGCAGACUCAUCCCCUUUCAUCCCCAGCACUCCAGUUACCCGGCCCAAGCUUGGCAGCCGUUUCUCCAGACAUGUCAUCCGUAUACUGCAGAACUGGCUCGCUGUUCAUCAGCACCAUCCAUACCCUAACGAUGUUGAAAUGAACCUCCUUCAAGAUCAGACCGGCCUAAACAAAGCGCAGCUCACCAACUGGUUUGCCAACGCUCGACGCCGUGGCAAAGUGCAGUAUAUUCGGCCUGCAUCACCCCACGUACGAGAUGUUUCAACUAAUCCCAUUGACGUUAUUCCACGGCCUGGUACACCAGCAUUCAGACAAGCUUCACAAUCAAAGGAUCCUAUGCAGCGCUGGGUGGAUUCACCACCUGAACAUGAGCCCGCUGCCGUUCAUGAUAUCGCUCGUGCAAUGGCAUCGAGUUCGAGCAAGUCGUCGCGCGAAAACGAUCUCGACUACACGCCCUAUGAAUCGUGGCGAUCUCCCCACGCAAGAUCGUCGGCGAGUAGCGCUGGCACAUCGCAGUCUAGUGAUUUCUCGACCCUCCAUUCCUCGGGAUCGCAGUCUUCGCUCCAAAUGCGUCGGCCACCUCGAAGGAAGCGCGCCAACAGGCGUCGACGUAUUGUGAAUGAGCCGACCGCAAACCCCAGCAUGCCCUACCAAUGUACCUUUUGUACUGAAGUCUUCAAGACCAAGUUUGACUGGCAGCGCCACGAAAAAUCGCUUCAUUUACCCCUAGAGCAGUGGGUAUGUUCUCUUCACGGACCUCGUGCCCCAAAGGAACAGAUAGCGGAGCUCUGCUGCGUCUUCUGUGGUGAUGCCGCGCCCGAUGAUGCCCACAUCGAGGCACACCAUUACUCUGCUUGCCAAGAGCGGAGCCUUGCGGAGCGCACAUUCCAUCGGAAAGAUCACCUCGUCCAACAUCUGCGAUUAGUCCACAGCACCAAGUUCGCAGCGUGGUCAAUGGCCAAAUGGAUGCUUCCUAUGCCCAACAUCAAUUCAAGAUGCGGGUUUUGUGGAACUAUGAUCAGCACGUGGAUAGAAAGGACAGACCAUAUCGCUGAACAUUUCAAGGAUGGUGCCACGAUGGCAGACUGGCACGGCGACUGGGGCUUUGACGAUGCUAUAGUGAACAUGGUUGAGAGUGCUGUUCCACCAUACUUCAUCAACCACGAGCGAAAUACGCUUAUUCCCAUGAAGGCUAGUGACCCAUCUUGGGGCUCCCCACCGAACGCCUAUGAGCUACUCAAAGUCGAGAUUGAAUUCUUCGUCAGAAAUUACUUUGAUAGAACUGGGCAGUUGCCCACAAACGACGCCAUGCAGCUUGAAGCGUGCCGCAUCAUCUUUGCGGCCGAAUCAACUCCAGGAUCUAAUAUGGAAACGGCCCAAGGCUUUUCAUGGCUGCGCGACUUGAUCAUGUCCUCUCCCGAAUUGACAAGAGAAGCCAGGUUUGGACCGAUAAGAACAGCUAGUGAAAGCAGGCAUUCGCCCCUCAAGAUCAAUGGCAAGCAUCAUCUAUUCGAGCAGUGUCCUCUCGAAGCUCAUCUUCAAGCGUACAUCACAGGGCAGCAUUUGGUAGACGAAGGACUUGAUGACGGGAAAAUUCACAAAGAGGCUUGCGAUAUUGUUAGGCGAAUGGAGACAGCAUCACACACGCCAUCCGACAUCUUCGCAAACUGGAUAGUUAAAGGCAUUUUCGGCUCAAGCACGGACUGGCUUUCCAACUUCAAAGAACGAGUAGGCGUAUCCGAUACCAUUGGCAGGCAUAGCAUGGAUGCGGAGCUGCCAACAAGGCUAGGCUGGGAUAUGCAAUGGCCGCCAACAUCGCUCUUUCUGCUCCCGGCAUCAAUCGCAAAUGCAACUAAUCCUUUGACAAAAGCUCAUAACCCAAACCAAUCUUCAACCACCUCUUCCGGAGAAGCUCUUACGCUAUCCACAGCGAUCGCGGAGUAUGGAACAGACACACGGCGGAGCGGAUAUUUACCAGAUGACACAAACUUCUACCGUGCACUCGACAGCGACCUCAGGCGCUGGGUAGCGGCGACCAUGUCUCCGAAUAACCCGAACUCCCACGUGCCAUCUGAUGAAGAGAUACAGCAUCAGGCCAGAUGGAUCGUGUACGACGGUGAUGACGCUUGGAAUCAGACGCCGGCGGAUUCUGCGGAGUGGUUGUGGCAAUUCAAGCGUAACGUUGGGAUCUUGAGGGAGGUUGAUACAUUUAACCCCCAAGAGCUUAGCGGAUCCUAUGUUCGGCGAAAUUGAAGUUGUGAUUUUCAAGAGACAUGAUUUUAUGGUCUAGUAACUAGGGGAAUUCCAUUAGCCUACCUCCCUUCUUGUAUUCAUGUGCCAGGAGCCCAAUCGUCAUUUCGCCUCGAGCUAUUCCCUACUUCGUCCCACAUCGUCUCUCUGUCUCUCUCUCUCUCUUUUCCUACCUUCUUCCCCAUCAUCCCGUGGCCGCUUCAGAAACCCUCC